GAACUAUUGUUUUUAUAUGCAGUCUAUGUAGGGCUUUCUUCACCAAAACGAGAGUCCAUCCGGACAAAAGAGACUCCGAGAAUGUCAGUGAAUUUGUCUGAUUACUUCAAGAACUAUUUCGGCGACAACCUUCGUGAUAAGUUGCACCAGGCGACUUCCCAGGGCGAUGACAGCGUUGCGCCUUCCUCCCGUCUGCUCCAGAAGCGGCGGGAGGCCAAGCAGGUCCACAGUGCCAUGAGGAAUCAGAAAGAGGACUUUGACACAACGUUAAGGGCUUUGCGUGUACGAAAGGAUGAACUGCAUGGCAAGGAGGAACAGAUGCGAGAAUAUCUGCAGAGGUUUGACAACUUCUUAAAGGACAAUGAGAUGAAGCGUUGUCGUGCGGUGCGUAAAGCGGGCCUGGAGAGGGAGCUGACCAAUCAGAAGAUGGAGGACCUGUGUCUCCUCCAGAAGGAGAUGAAGGCCCUCAACCAGCAGCGAGAGCACCUGGAGGUGCAGGUGAAGAAGAACGCCAUCUACCCAAACUACCUGCACCGGGUCACACAGAUCAGUGAACAGUUCCAGGAGGCACGCCAGGUAAUGUCUCGAUACGACACCCUGAUCCAGACCCGCGAGGACCUGGUCCAAACCACGCAGCAGAACCAGGACUUGACGGAGAACGCGCGGGCUCAGCUGAACCGCUACAUCGAGCAGAGCAACGACACGCUGCUCAACUACAACAACACGCUCGCACAGCUGCAGAGCAAGCUGGACCACGCGCGCGAGGAGGGCAUGAUCUGGGAGUCCAGGUGGGCCCACAUUCAAAACACGGCUGCCAAGAAGACGCUGCUGCUCGGGACCAUCAAGAUGGCCACCCUGAACCUGUACCAGAGCGUCUGCAAGCACUCCAAAGAGACCAGGGAGAACCUAGUCACCCCCGAGGACACGCCAAAACAGCUGGAGAAGAUUCAGAUGUUCCUGACAGACCUGAUCUCGAUCUGGGAAGAGGUGUCGAAGCAGGUGUAGCCCAGGACAGGAUCCGUGACGUUUCUUAAUAUAAUGCAAAUUAACUUUUUCUACUAUUAAAAUCUUAUUUUCACUUUGA